GCAGAUGCUUUCGAAAGUGUAAUUAACUCGUGUUUCUCUUGUAAAAUUUGAGCGGACUGCAAAAUUGAAGACGAAUCACCACUGUUGUCUUGAGGCCCUUUUCUUGGUUAGACGCAGUCAGCCAUGUCUGAUAGAAAGGCGGAAUUGGAGCGCAAGAAGGCCAAGUUGGCUGCCUUGCGCGAGGAGAAAGAACGACGACGAAAAGAGAAGGAACAACGCGAGGUGGAAGAAGCUGCGAUUCGUGCCAUUCGUGGAACCGGCGGGGAAGUCGGCGAUGUGCAAACCGAAGUGAAUAGAGUCCUGUCGGAAGUGGGGAUCCUCCCGGUUGAUGAGGUUGUAGGAAAAAUUGCGUCGCUUGCGCCGCCCUUGAGCGAAGUGGGCGGGCAAGGCAAUGUUGCUGGCUUUGCUGGGGAUACGGGUCAAUCGAAACCACGGAAGAAAGUGAACUUGUCCGUGGCGAACGUGCUUGUGGAGAACAUUCCCCCGAAGGAACAAGUCAUCUAUGAUAAGGAGACUCAAACUGCCGGAUCUGCUGGACCUACUAGUUUUAUCCAUCCCCUGUUCGCUUAUUGCUCUAACAUGAUUUCCCCCGUUUUUAUUUUUAUCAUCUCCAUGCCGGAAGAAUCCGAGGAAGAACCCUGUGCUCCGACGAAUAAGUUGUGA